AUGGCGACUCUCGACGCUCUGUUCGAUGCGACUUCCCGUUCUUUUGGGAGUAAUGUCGCCGUCACCUAUAACUCUGGAUCAAUGCGAGAACACAUCACGUACAACGAACUGGUUGUUCAAGCGUCCAAAGUUGAAGACAUUUUGGAGACAUUGUGCAAAAGACAGGAAACCAUAGCGAUAUAUUCCAAACAGUCAAUUAGUUUAGUGUCUUGCAUUCUUGGAGUGUUGAAGUCUAGAAAUUGCUUUGCACCAAUUGAUUUGAACUGGCCUCCAGACAUGAUUCGCAAGUUUCUAUUGAAACUGAGCAUCCAUCUUGUUUUAUUAGAAGAAGAGCUACUCGAAUCAUUUGAAAAAUGUUUACUGCAAUGGAAACCAUUUCUACCUAGUGGCAGCAAAGUAGAAUUUGUCUGUGAUCAAGUCCUUGUUAACAGUGGUUUUAUACUCUUAAGAUGGCAAGAUGAAUUAAGGGAGGGGAAAGAGAAUAGUGAGGAUCAGGGCAUCGCAUAUGUCAUGCAGACAUCUGGUACAACAGGUGAAGCAAAAGCCAUCAGAGUGCCACACAUGUGCAUAGUGACAAACAUCACUGACUUGAGGUACGUUUACUAUAAUGUUUAGUCACUGUAGCAGAUUUAGAAGUAGUGAGGAUGAGGGGUGAUUCCCCUCCCCCCCUCUCUUAUUACACUCUUCUCUGAUGUUAGAGAAAGGAACUUGAAACUUACAAUCGCCUUCUAAGAGGUGGAUAUUGUGCAAUCAACUAAUAAGGGCAACACAGCAUUGUACAAACUCACUUUCAAGGAGCUUCUCCUCAAAUGUAAGGGGGAGGGGCAGGAAAAGUAAAGUAUUUUGCCUGGCAACAUGGUCUGCAUUACAGUAAAGAGCUGCUUCAUGAAUGUUAUUGCAAAAUAUGUAUUCAUACAAAUAAACUGUGACAAGUGCUGAGGAGUGGGUUAUAGCUACACACUUUUGUGCAAAGUUUCACAUUUUUAAGGCUUCAAAUUUUCCUCAUGUUACCCCUUAGCUCCAGAAUCACCUUCUGGAAUCCAUACACCACAAUAUUUACAUAUGUUUAAUCUAGCACUAACAACAAUACUUAUUCUUCAUAUUCCACAGGAACAUCUUCCAAGUGACAUCUGAUGAUGUGAUGUUCCUUACCUCUCCCUACACCUUUGAUCCUUUCAUUGUUCAGAUGUUCACAGCAUUUGCAGCAGGAGCCAGACUUGUAAUUGUGCCUGACAAUGUUAAAAUGGUGCCGUCUAAGCUUUGUAGCAUUCUUUUUGAUGAAGAAAGAGUGACUAUUUUACAGGUUAGAGUUCUUUGAGAUACAAGACCCUGAGAACCAUACCCCAGGUUGGCCCCACCCACUCACCCAAAGGAUUUACUUCCCCCUUCACUUGAGCUAGAUACUUAACUCUGACAAGUUUGCCUAGUGAGAAAAUUAUCUGUUGAUUUCCUCAGCAAAAAUUAAUUUUGGAAAAUUUUGCAUACAAACUACAAUUUGCUCCUUCAAAGUUUUCAGAAUAGCAUUGCAAGGAUUCUCAAAAUGACCACAGUGAUCACCUGUAUGACAAAAUGAUACUGCAUAAGUCCUUUUCCGUCUAGACUAAGUUUUAUUUCUGUAUCUCAAACAGCCCACUCCAUCACUGUUGUACCACAUUGGUCAAGAACUGAUUCAGUCAAAGAUUCUCGAUAAAGAUUCAUCUCUCAGAGUGCUUGCAUUUGGUGGCGAAGCCUGCCCUACCCUCUCCACUCUUAGAAAAUGGAGGUCUCCUGAGAGUAACAGCUCAAUCUAUAAUCUUUAUGGCAUCACAGAAGUUUCCUGUUGGGCAUCUUGUCAUAAAAUUACUGAUCGUGAGUUGGAGGAUACAAGUGCUGAUUUUCAUGGUAUUUCAACAUCUGGACAUGUAAGCCUGGAGAGCCACAAAGCCAGUUGGGUUAGUGAAGUACCUCUUGGUACUUCUCUGACAGACACAACCAUUGAGGUGCGAGAUGCAAAUGGGAAAAUUGUUUUGGAAGGAGUGGGACAAAUAUACAUUGGUAAGUUAUUUUAUUUAUGGUACAAGCUGAGAGAUUUCUUGAAAAUAAUGUGAUUGGCCAGUACCAGUAGUAUUUCAGCCAAAUUUGAAAUACUUACAAGUAAAAAUUACAUUUUCUUUGAUUUGUAGAAUGAACUAAAAUAGUAUGGUUUCUGUGGGAUAUUAGGGAUAAACAACAGCUUGUGCUCUAAAUAUCACUCACUGCUUCAAAUUUGUUAUACUGAUUUAUAAUUUUUCCGCACAGUCAUUCUAUGCUAAUUCACUGAGGGGAGAAAAACAAGUGAAUCUAAUUUUUUUCUUUCUCUCUUUUCAGGUGGUGUAAAUAGAGUGUGUCUCCUUGACAAUGAAACCCAACUCCACCUGGAAACAAUGCGUGCCACAGGGGACUGGGCUUAUGUAAAAGACAAGACCAUUUGGUACCAAGGACGCAAAGACAGGCAGAUCAAGCGAAUGGGAAAGAGAAUAAAUCUGGAUUGGAUUGAACGGCAGAUUUCUGAACAGUUCCCAGAAAUGACAUGUUCCUUGGUUUUAGAGAAAACUGCCAACAGAAAACCUGAUAAACUUCGCUUAUUUGUAGUAAACAAAUCUCUGUUGCAUGUUCACAAUGAACUGUCAUCUUUUAAAAGAAGCAUACUGAACAUCUUACCAGUUGAUGCUUGCCCUGAUUCAGUACAUAUGAUUUCUCACCUUCCAAUGACAGCUCAUGGAAAGGUCGACAGAAGCUCCUUGUUAGUUGAGGCUCAGAAAAGAACAAAGCUAGUGGACAUGUCUAUGAGAGAGUUUUUAAGAUAUGCCUUGAAUGAAGUCUUGGGAGUCACUGAAACCAAUGGUGAACAGAAGAUUUUUACUGAUGGUGAGGAAAGACAGGCUGAUUAUUUUUUUCAUGUCAAACAAAGAGAUUUUAAGGAAGAUGACAUGUUUAUUGCUUGUGGUGGAUCAUCUCUUAAUGCAGUUAGGCUGGUGGAUCUAAUUGAGACGUUUGUAACUGAAGAGAAGGAGACAGAAGUUGAUCUUUCAGAGUUAUUGGACAUAAUUUUAACAAAACCCUUUGGUGCCCUUUGUGGUUACCUUGAGAGAAAACUCAAUAUUCUUGAUAAAAGAAAGGAUCUGGACUCCAAGGAGACACAUCAUCUACAUCAAGAUGCAAAUGUAGUAUCUCCUACUCUUGUAAUUAGUGUUCCUUCUGAACAAGUGCCUGUUCUUCCAGUGAAGAGAAAAUUCUCAACUCUAGCUGAUGGUGCCUCCCUUUAUAAUAACGAGGCAGCAAAAAAGAUCCAGGGAGUAGAAGAAAGUGAAGACUCUAGCACAAAUGCUCCAUCCAGUGUAGCUGAUGUGAAAACCUGUUUUUGUACUGGUACGAAGACAAAACCAGUUUACCAUUUGUAA